AUGGCUUCCGCAGCCACCAAAACAGUUCAGUGCAUUGUCGAUGACACUGCGCUCACCGCCAAUAUAUCUGAAAUUGAAACAUGGGUCGUUCGAGGCAGCAUCGCGCUUGUCGUGCCCCUCCACACCAUCAAUCGACUGCAUCUACUCAGAAAGGACACCUCACAAAUCGGUCAGAAUGCCCGUCGCUCCAUCAAAUUCCUCGAUAAGAUGACCGGCCGAAACAUCACCGUGCAGGAGUCCAUCGAACAAUAUGCGACCUGGCAGGAAGUUGAAGCGCACUACAAGGAGGACGAUGGCAAGGAAAAGGACGUUGAGACCAAGCAGUCUACAGAUACUGCCACGAAGCGCACGUCAGGCGGCAAUGCCUUGUCGCAGAUGCUGCUCGACAAGCUCAACUUUGCGCCUACCAAUACCUCGCCCAAGUCAACUCCUCCCACGUCGCCCAUUUCGUCCGGCCCCCAAAGCUCCAAGACUAGUCCAGAGGUCAAAAAUGCGAACAUUGCGGUCAGUGACAAGAGUCCCGUUCCGCCCGCCCUGAAGUCGCUCCUGAACUCGGUCGUCUGGUACGUCCACGAGAAGGACAACAACGGAGCCGAGGUCUUCUUUCUCACCAACUCUGCCGAUAUUCAGCAUCUUGCUCGCGACUUUGAUGUGCCGACUCGAACCAUCCACCAGAUGCGAGAUACACUCGGUGCCGAGAUCACAAGUCCUGCCACGACUGAGCAGCCAAGCGACUCUGAUCCCAAAUCUGAGAAGAAGACUCUUUUCAGCUACGAUGACGAGCUGUCUGAGGAGGAAGAGGAAGUCGUCUUCAAGCCACGAGGUCGAGGAGCUACCAAGACCAGUACUGGCCGUGGAAGCAUGCGACACAAGCCGACUGGCCGCUCUCCCCGAAACUCAUUCAGUACUCCCGUCACCCCACAAACACCAGCCAACGCCAACGGCACACCGGCUCAGAACAAGCCCAAGAUCCCAAUUGAAGAGAUUGAUCCCGACUCAUUCGAUCGAGGUAGUUUCGGCCGCGGAUCAGGCCAGCUCGCUAACGUUGGCAAUCAUGUCGGCAACUACAUGGGCUCCGGAAACCACUUCAAUCCUCCGAACGGUCCGAGAGGUGGCAACUCUCCACGAGCCAACUUCGCCAGCCCCGCCAGAGGCAAUCAUAUCGGUCGCGGUACUCCACGUGGCCGAGGCUUGAAUGGCACACCAAACACACGAGGUCGUGGCAGACUCUUCGUUCCUUAG